GUCAGUUUUCAAACGAUGUUUUCGUUCCUUGCGGCAAGGGGAUUUAAAUAGCAGGCAAAGGUUUUGGCCAAUAAGUUUAUUUUUAAUAACUUUUUGACUGCUGGAAGUUUAAAAAAAUGAAGCACAUAACAAAAUUGGACGAUUUGGGGAGUUUAAGGUCGAUGGCAGUACAGGAUUUGAAAGAAAAAGGAGUAAAAGUGCCAAAACUUCGAAAACGAAGAUGCCCUUCAAGUCAAAGUGGGCAAACACAGGACAAAGGGGAUAGAUACGUGUUUGGAAACAAUCUCUUUAGUAUGCCUGGAAUAUUUAUAGAAGACUGUGGAUUUGUACCUAAGUUCCUUGUAGAUGCCUUUACUGUGGUGAAAAACCACAUUGACACAGUUGGCAUAUUUAGGAAAACUGGAUCUGUUGCAAGACAGAAAGAAUUGAAACACAAUUUAGAUAAUGGAGGAGACCUAGACGUAGAGUCAUCAAAUGUGUUUGAUGUGACAAGUCUGAUAAAGCAGUUUUUCCGAGAGCUCCCAGAUUCUCUGUUAACAACAAGACUGCAUGACGUCUUCAUCAAAUGCCACCAGCUGCAGGAGUCUGACUCAAGGCUUAAACACAUCCAACUGAUGUGCUUGUUGCUUCCACUCGAAAAUCUAAGCACUCUGAAGUUCACGAUGCAGUGCUGUGCAGAAAUUGCCAGCCAUAGUGAGAACAACAAGAUGAACGUAUCAAAUCUAGCUGUUGUCUUAACACCAAACCUCAUCCAUACUAACAGCAAGUCAGAGAAAAUGACCCAAGUGGAAGGGCAGCUGUUGGCAGCACAGACGUCCAUCAUUGAGCUCCUGAUAGAACACAGUGCUGACAUAGGCAUGGUGGAUGAAAGUUUACAAGAGCGUUCCCACAUGAUGAGUACAUGUUUUGCCUCUGAGGAUGAAUUGGACCGAAGUUGUGAUGAGUCUGAAGAGCCCAAGUCCAAGAAAAAGAAGAGAAGAAGUGGCUCAUUGCAAGGUAUUGUGUCAGGCAUUAGCAACACAAUCUCUAAAUGGUCAAAACGUGGUGGCAUCAAGGGAGCAUCAAGCAAUCAAAGUUUGGUGUCUUCGUCCUCUGCUGACAUGGAGGACUCUUCUGUGGAUGUUGGUGAUGCUGCUGGCAUUUCUAUAGGGAUAAUGGACGCCACGCCUAUAGUGGUCAGGAAGCGAAAAGCCUCAGAUGAAGGGGUGCCAUUUUCUGCCACUAAAAGGAAAGCCAUUUUGCAGCAGAUGUCCAACUUUAACAAGACCCCUUUUACCCCAGCCUCAACAACAAAACCUAGGCUGCCAGUGAACCGUAAUGUUGUCCUGGGGACACCGUCUAUCAAUUUCACUGAGAGCAGCAAUUCCCCUAUUAGUUUCACUGCCACUCCUAAGAAGAAGCACACUAGACUUUUCAGUAGCCCAGGGAGUCUAUCAAGAAAAAAGAGAGCCUCGGGAGGAUCUCCAAAAGAUGGCAAGAAAAAGAAAGGGUUCUUUAGAAGAAUGAGUGGAGGAAAAUCCAGUCCAGAGGCUGCCAACUGUUCAGAUAUAGCCAUAGGGAGUAAGCUGGCAGGGACUGACCCAGAUGAUAUCCUCAGCUCCUCCAUCACCCAACACAACUCCUCCAUCCAAAGCACCACAUCCAGUAAAGAUGAAAAUGGCAAAUUGAAGAGAAGACCCAGCUGGUUCCGAAGGCACAAAAAGCACCCAAGUUCCCCUGCCAGAAUCUUGGGAAAUUCUGCUGCCAUUAAGAAGUCUUCACUUUCCUCCUUGAGUGGUGGAAAGAAGGAAGAAAAAGAGGACAGUGAUGAUGGAGGGUUCUUAAAAAAGAACAAUGAAGUCAUGGUGAUCAGAAAUCAAAAUGCUGACAUAGAUGUGGACCAGCUGGCUGAAAAUCUGAGGCAAGAUCUUCAGAGUCAAACUCCUGCCAAAGCCAACAUGCCAGAAAUUGAAAGAGGAAGGUUGGCUUCUCGUGAAGUGUCUACUUUGGGUGUUGAUGUUGGAAAACCCCGUGCACACAGGCGUGCAUGUUCUGCUGAUGCUAAAGGAGGCCUCAAACGUGGACGUCCCAACACCAUCACUAGUGGCCUACCCAACGCAACAACAGUGGUCUGUCGCAAACCAAGCAUCAAAAAUGUGAUUCCUCAGCGUCCAGCGGAUAUCAACCUCUCCCAGAAGCCCAAUUUCAUCAAGAAUGACCUGAACAGUAAGAAUAGCAACCUAUCACGUAAGCCUAGCAUCAACAAGGCAGAUAUUGGUUUGCCUAUUCCAGUGAAGGUCCCAAAGGUAGCAGAACCGAAGCGCAGACACACAGUCACUGUUGAUGUGGACAUUCAUCAGACCUUUGGUCACCUAAUAAAACCAGCUUCUGAUUUCUUUCAGAAGGGAAGUGAAAUAAGUGAAGUCAGGAAGUGCCCUGCGCCAGCUUCACAUGAAGGUGUAAUUGGCACAGAAGUUCCUAAGACAGAGAGGCCAACUAUCACACCCAGGAGCUCUGUGGUUUCCACAGUCCCAGCUAUAGAGCAGUCAACCCAUGUGACAAAUGUACCAGGCAACAUGCAAGUCUCCACCGUGAUGAGAAUGGAGCAUUCUUCACAUAUACAACAGAUGAUGCAACCCCCCAGACAGCAAGGUGAUACUGGACUCUGCAUGAAAGAAAAUUCCUGUAACCCACAGCAUCCACCUGUGAAGAGUCAUGAGCCAUUAAAUUCCAGACAAAAUACUCAUGAUUUGAAGAUGCUUGAGCAACACACCAACAAGGGACAGUCCCUACAUGUCAGACCCGAAAGUGAAAAAACACAGCAGAUCCCUGCUGCUGGUGGACACUUAAACAUACUAACCAAGGACCAGCAGCCAAGUGUUUCUCCUUUGCCCCAAUCUUCAAGGACACAUUUGGCUGGACAAAAUGCCACAGUUGACAGCAGUCUAAAUGAGACAGAUGGUGACCAGCCAAGCCACUGGUAUCUAGCCGAUGAGAGCACCAUUAUAAAUGUGAUGGACACUGCUAUGAUGGACAGCAUACGAUCCAGUGGAAGCUCUAGUUCUCUGACUUCUCAGCAGGGGGCAGCAUCAGUGUCUAACAUGGGCCCAGACCCUGCCCAGGGGACACAAAAUGCAAUGGAGGUAGAUGAAAAUGCUGAGCAAAUGGACACGGAGGAAGUGUGUAAUACUACUUUGCAGUCUGAGUCUGCGAAUAACACAGUUAUUGAGUGUGGAGAGAAACCUGUCAGUAAAGAAGAAACAAUUGAAGAACAACACAAUACUAUGGCAACUGUGAUGAAUUCUGACCACUCAGAUUAUAGCACAGAUGGAACAUUUGAAAAGGAUCAGGAAAAGAGGUCAGAGAAUGCAGAUGAGAAACAUGAGAAAGAAAACAUAGAGGAUGAAAAUCAAACCGAGAUUGUAGAAAACAAAGUUGAUGAAGAGAACGUGGAUGACAUAAAAGAAAAAGAAGACCAAGUGGAUGAAAAUAUGCAAUCACAACCAGCAAGUGAAGACACUGCCAAAAACCAUGAAGAAGACAAAAAUCAAGCCCUGGGCAAGCAUGAUAUUAAGACCUCCAGCAGUAUCUCCCCAACCACAGAAGACAAUUGUAAGAAAAGUGAUAGCCAUCAUAAGACCAAUGCAGAACCCAAGCUGCAGAUCUCUCUAGAUACUCACAAACUAUUGGAAAGAGCUGGGUUCAUGGCCCAUGAUACCAAAAAUGUGCCAGAGGACACACAGAAGACAGACUCUGCAGAUAAAUGCAUUGUCCAUGAGAGUGUCAUCAACCUUCAGCAAGCUGGAAAAGUAACUGCAAAUGUGCAGUUGUUCAGCAAAGCUAGUAAUGAUCCAGAUGAAGUGGAGAUCAUCAAGAGGCACACCUCGCCUUUGAGAUUUCCUAGAUCACAGAUGCGCAACAGAGCAUCUCCUGUUCGCAUUCCGACAAUAUUUGCCAAGCAGGACAGAGAGUCUGCAAGAUACAGACAAAUGGCUGGCAAUGUGUUGAGAGCUUCCCCUGUGAAGUCAGCACCCCGUGGAGUGCCCAAUCUUCCAAUAUCUACCAACUUGAUUCGAAAUCGAAGCGUGGAGAGAUCUCUUGCAAAGUUCACUGCAAGGUCUGUCGAUACCAGCAGCAACACCAGGGUCAUUCCAGGCAGUUCCACUUCUGCAGAACCAAGCAAGGCUGCAAGUGACCCUGUAGAAAAGCCAUUACCCCAGCCUGCUGGUUUGCUCAAGUGUCCCCCAGCUGUAACAGCUAUCAAUAUUCCCCAGGACUUACAGGAGACGAUUGAUGCAGUAUGCACACCAAAGAGCCAAAGGCGAUCAAGAAAUUCGACAGAUGCUGUGACACAAAGGUCUCCACUCAAAACGAUAAAUGGGCCCACAGACCAUAAAGAAGAGAAAAUCCCUCAAAAGACUGUUCCUCACACACCAAAGAUCAAGUCCUCUCUUUUGUCCGAGGACGUGGCGCAUCGCCUGUUGAUGAGGACACCUGGAUCUAUGACUCCUCGCAAUACUAUCACACCAAGGAUGAGGGCAGUGGUGGGUUCCAGUCAGAAGUGCAGAUCACCGGUGAAGCCAGUAAAAAGGCUGCAAGGAUCGCCAAAGUCUCCUCAUUCACCUAGGCAUGCCAGGUCACCCAAACGAUAUCCAUCAUCACCAUUGAAGCCAAGAAUUGUUGCUAAGAAGAGUGACCUGAGCCCAAUACCUGCAUAUUUGAAAGAUGAUGUUUUUUAAAAUGUAUGUAUAUAUGCUUUUUUUUUUUUUUUUUAGUGUUCUUUCUGGUUGUGAUGUAUGUGGAUGUGUUAUUCUUAAUUGACUGUUAAUUUGCAUGCAAUCAAUUCCCUUCCUAGAUAUAAAUGUUCUGACAAAGAAUUGAGUGAAAUGGCUUGCUUCCCACUAUCAUAUAGGGUUUAAGCUUUAUGUGGAAGCGCUAGCUUUAGAAAUGUCUUAUCUUUUAAACACUGAAUACUGCAAACUGUCAAAAUUGUCCAAAACUACUGAAGAUACCCACUUGGAGGCUUAAUUCCUUAAAGAUAUUUAGAUAUGAAGUUAACCAUUUUCUCAUUCACGUAUAAGUAUAGUUGAUAUUGCUUAGUUUAUUUUUUCUACCAUAAGUGUCCCAAAGAAUUAAAUUAAUAACCUAUUUUGUAAACUUCUAUGUUGUCACUUGUAUGUGAAUUUAGUUUAAAUUGAUUUCACGUUAUAGGAAUUGUGUAAAAGAAAUAAGUGACCUUAGAACACUUGUGUUAAUGUCUGAAGAAUAAGGCCAAUCUCAAUUAAAUUAUAGUUACAGUUUUUACUAAAAAAUUGCAUGACAUUUAUUGUGUAAAGUUUCCAUCCCUUGUAAAAAAAAAUUGCAGUAUUAUCAACAGAUUUUCUCUUGCAAUGUGCAAUAUGCAUCUUUUUGGCAUGCACAGGGUGUUCAUGAGAUGGAGUAUUUACAAGUCUAAUGCAAGUUUGCUGUAAAAUACAGUUUGAUAAGAACUUAGUAGUGAAGGUAUUCAUAAGAUAGAAGUUAGCUUUGGCACACGUCUCCAGGCUUGGCAUACCUUUAACAGCCAAUUUUGCUUUCUUUGUUGUAAGUGGUCUCUAGCACUUCUGGUCACAUUAAGUAUGGAUGAAAGUCGUGCAUUAAUGCAAUGGACAUUUUAAUUAUAUAAUUAUAAGGGCUUAUAUUUAGGAUUCAACGAAUUGGUUAAUUCAAAUAGAACAUGGAAGGUGGUAUAGAAACAGCCUGAUGUGAUAUAUUUCAAUGAGAACUGUAUGAUAUUAAAAUUUUGAUUUGUUUUACACUACUUAAAAACUAUCAGGAUAUAAAAUGUAACUUUAGUAAUCGCUGCAUAUUUGCCAAUAAUGUAAAGUGAAUUAGUAAAAUGGCUAAUAAAUUGAAAUGCUAACUAUAAACUGGUUAUAACUUUUUUUAAAAUCUGAGAAUGUUUAUGUGAAUAUU